AUGGCAUCACGAAGACAUAGACUAUUUAAUGAAACGGAUUUAAAAAUAUAUAUUAUUGGAGAUGAAGACUCAGUAGUAGGUUUUUUAUUAGCUGGAAUUGGUUUUCGUGAUGGUCUAGGAAAAAAAAAUUUUUUCAUAGUCAAUUCAAAAACUAAUAAAAGUGAAAUUGAAGAAGUUUUCAAAGAGUAUACUUCAAAACAUGACUGUGGAGUUGUACUUAUUAAUCAACAAAUUGCCGAUGAAAUUAGAUAUCUAGUUGAUUUACAUGAUAAAAUUUUACCAACUGUCCUAGAAAUACCAUCAAAAGAUAAACCCUUUGAUCCAAAUAAAGAUUCGAUAAUUCAACGAGUGAAACUCUUUUUUGGAGGAGAUAUUUCACAUCUAUAA